AUGCUGACCGGAGAUCGUGUUCAACUCAGUUUCAGAAGAAACGUGGCAGCCAACGGGAGACACACCACUAACACCAACAUCGGGGAAUAUACAAAAAUGGACGUCUUGUCCACCGGUGUGAGAAGAGACGCCACACCAAAGCUGUUUGACGCCUGGCGAACAGGCUCCGAAAGGAAGGAGUUGGGUCACACUGAAAGCAACAGCCUGCCCGCAACUGUGCAGAUUACGCCAUAUAAAGGAGCCAUCGAUCAGGGAUGCACUCAGCGCUUCCCCCUGAAGCCAGUAGCACUGGCUACAGUCAUUUUUGUAGCCAGUCAGAAAACAUUGUCCUCCGAGGUCAAAAGUGUCAUCAAUCAACAAUUGGAAAACGUAGCCAACAGUUGGACGGUUUACAAGAUAGCAAGGCAGGCAUCCAGAAUGGGAAACCACGACAUGGCUGGGGAGCUUUACCAUGGAUUGCUGACACAGGUGGCCUCUGAGCAUUUUUACUUCUGGCUCAACAGUCUGAAGGAAUUCUCGAAAGCCGAGCAAUGUCUGGCCGGACUGAAGGACAACGAGUCAAGUGCCGCACUGACCUCAAUCGCUGAAGCUCUGAAGUACUACCAGCGAGGCAUAGCCUCCCUGACUGCUGCCAGCACCCCUUCCAACCCCCUGACAUUUCAAUGUGAAUUUGUCAAGUUGAGGAUUGACGUGCUUUUGGCUUUCUCCCAACUGAUCUGUACAUGUAACAGCCUGAAGACCAGCCCCCCACCAGCCAUCGCCACAGCUAUUGCCAUGGCAUCCGGAAAUGACUUGCAGAGAUGUGGCCGAAUUACUAAUCAGGACUAUGUUGAGAUUGGCCAAAUCCAGUUACAGUCAAUAGACGAGACUUUUAUGCCAUUAGACUGGGCUGGAUUCACAUCCAGGUCCCAAAAGUGA